GUUAGCUUAACGUGCUCACAGAGUGAGGUUUGGCUAGUUAUAUUUCAACCAGUCUGUUGAGGCUAGUGGUCACUAGCUAUUAGCAUGAAAAUAAACAUUUGUAACAGCUUUUACUCAACAUGCGGAAUGAUUUUAUUAUACGUCUGCAAAUACAUGUGAUUCAGAAUAACAACAAUUGGUUUGAACCACUAACGGAUUGUAUGCAAAAAAGCAGUAUUCAUGUUAUUUUGGCUCGAGGAAAACUACGCCCCAAAUACGCUCAUCGUUUCAUUCCUCAACAUUUUGUUGUGCUCGUCCAGGCCUCCCACGUGGAUGGAGGUUGUGCACUAAGUACUCGUUUGCUCGGAAAGAAAACUAUCAAGAAGAGAGGCUCUGUAGAGACCAGCGACCAUGGCCUACUCCAGCUACAGCAGCCUGAGCAGAGCCCAGCUCACGUUUGAGUACCUCCACACCAAUUCGACAACUCACGAGUUCUUAUUUGGAGCUUUGGCUGAGCUUGUGGACAAUUCCAGAGAUGCAAAUGCAACACGGAUAGACAUCUACACAGAAAAAAAAACGGACCUUCGUGGUGGUUUCAUGCUCUGUUUUCUGGAUGACGGGAUUGGAAUGGACCCUAAUGAAGCAACCCACGUGAUUCAGUUUGGAAAAUCAAGCAAACGAUCUCCUGAGUCCACUCAGAUUGGCCAGUAUGGAAAUGGACUGAAAUCGGGUUCAAUGCGAAUCGGAAAAGACUUUAUCUUGUUCACAAAAAAGGAUAAUGCACUGACUUGCCUCUUCCUUUCGAGAACUUUCCAUGAAGAAGAAGGUCUUGAUGAGGUGAUUGUGCCGCUCCCCUCCUGGGAUCUGAAAACCAAGGAACCACUAACUUCCGAUCCAGAGAAGUACGCCAUUGAGACAGAACUCAUCUUCAAAUACUCUCCUUUCAAAAAUGAGCAGCAGCUGAUGCAGCAGUUCAACAAAAUUGAAAGCAGCAGUGGUACUCUUGUGAUCAUUUAUAACCUAAAGCUGAUGGACAGUGGAGAACCGGAGCUGGAUAUAGACACGGAUCACCAGGACAUAUUGAUGUCUGGGACACCUGCUGAAGGAGUGAAACCAGAGAGGAGGUCUUUUAGGGCGUACACUGCUGUUUUGUAUAUCGACCCUCGCAUGAGAAUUUUUAUCCAGGGACAUAAAGUCAGGACAAAGAGACUCUCGUGCUGUCUCUAUAAACCAAGGCUUUAUAAAUACACAUCAACUCGCUUUAAAACACGUGCAGAGCAAGAAGUUAAAAAAGCAGAUCACCUAGCAAAGAUCGCCGAAGAGAAAGCCAGAGAGGCGGAGAGCAAACGGAUUGCCAUGGAAGCCAGACUAGGAGAGGACAUCUCUAAAGACUCACGGGCAAUCCUAAGAAAAGUUCAAGAUUCAGCCAUGAUGCUCCGACGGGAAGCUGACAUGAGAAAAAGGAAUCUUGAAGCCAAGCAGAAAGCAUUAAAAGAACCAAAGGAUUUGAAUUUUAUAUUUGGAGUAAACAUCGAGCAGAGAGACCUCGACGGGAUGUUUGUGUACAACUGCUCUCGUCUCAUAAAAAUGUACGAGAAGACGGGGCCCCAGCUGGAGGGAGGCAUGGCUUGUGGUGGCGUGGUUGGAGUCGUGGACGUCCCGUAUCUGGUGCUAGAGCCUACUCAUAACAAACAAGAUUUUGCAGAUGCUAAAGAAUAUCGCCACCUAUUGAAAUCCAUGGGGGAUCAUUUAGCCCAGUACUGGAAGGACACCAACAUUGCACAAAAAGGCAUAGUGAAGUUCUGGGAUGAAUUUGGCUACCUCUCUGCCAGCUGGUCUGCACCUCCAUCCUCAGAGUUGAGAUACAAGAGGCGUCGUGCGAUGGAGAUUCCCAUUACCAUUCAGUGUGAUAAAUGUCUGAAGUGGAGAACGUUGCCUUUUCAAAUGGAUGCUGUGGAUAAACGCUACCCUGACAGCUGGGUGUGUCUCAUGAACCCUGACAGCUCCCAAGACAGGUGUGAUGCUCCGGAACAGAAACAAAAUUUGCCCUGUGGAAUUUUAAAGAAAGACAAAGUAACAGCUGAAGACAAACGGAAAGAGCUGGAAGACAAAAUCAAACAGCAACAGGAGAAACUUGAAGCCUUACAGAAAACUAGCACAAUCAAAUCGGCAGCGGACAUCAAGAAACUUCCACUGGAGGUCAGCAUGAAACCAUCGGAGAGUUCUUCUCAAUCAACGCGGUCCUCUGAAAGAUCUCGCCCACGAUCUCCACCGCUCCCAUCCGUCCUCAAAAAUGCCCAGAGUACUCCUCCAACGCGUGCAGCUUCUCAGCGCCCCACCCGUUCACCCGCUCCCCCAGCUGCUUCAACGAGAGUGGAACCAUCCAGAUCCAGAGCUGCGGCGAAGCCUCCUCCACCUGCAGCAAAGCCUGCACCCAAAGCUGCUGCUAAAGCCCUGCCUCCCAGCCGCAACUUACGGGGUUCUGCCAAAGCUUCUGCUGCUAAACCAGCAGCGGAAGGAAAGCGCAAGAGAAUAAUUGAGCAAGAAGAUAGUGAGGAGGAGGAGGACGAUGAAGACGAAGAAGAGGAGGAAGAAGAAGACGACAGUGAUGAGGAAAGUGAAGAGGAACAGACCAAGAAAUCAAAGAUGUCCUCCAGCAUUGGUAACCGUGGUAAAGUAGAGAAGGCCCCUCCUCCUCCUAAGCGUGGAAAAAUGGAUGAGGUUAAAACAGUCUCUCAGGCUGAGAGGAAAGGGGUUUCCACCCCAGCACGUCCACAAGCAACCACACCAAGCUCUGUGCUUAGAUCCAUUUCUUCUCUACAGCAAGGGGCUAAAGAAAAGGCACCUGAAAAAACCCAGCAGAAGGAACCAGAGAAUGACCCAAAAAAUGCUCAGAAAGAUAAAGGUCUGCUGGUGGAAGUGCGCGUUAAUAAUGAGUGGUUCACGGGAAAAGUCAUGGCCGUGGAGGUGAACAAACAGAGCGUUCGUUGGAAAGUUAAGUUUGAUUACGUACCACGAGCCACCCCCAAAGACAGAUGGGUUUUUAAGGGUGGCGAUGACGUUCGACUGAUGAGACCGCCGUCUCCCAUCUCUCAAACGCCUGACACCCAACAGGAGACUGAGAAAGGUCCAGCACCCAUGGAACCAGAUACCACCCAACCUGGAACCAGUCGGGAAGUGACCGACAGCCUGGUCACUAUGCUGAGGACAAUGUUGCGCUACUUCUUCCCUCCGGCUUUCCGUAUUCCAAAGGAUGACGUUAACAGCAUGACAGCUGAGGAGCUGGUGGCCUUUCCUUUGAAAGAGUAUUUCCAGCAGUAUGAAUCGGGUCUUCAGUCGCUGUGCAACUCUUACCAGAGCAGAGCUGAUGCCAGAGCAAAAGCUGUGGAGGAGAAGAGCAAAGUCACAGAUCUCAAACUGAAGGAAGCAGAUGAGAAACUACAGAAACUGCGGACAAACAUUGUUGCACUUCUGCAAAAAGUACAAGAGGAUAUUGACAUAAACACAGAUGAUGAACUCGAUGCCUACAUAGAGGACCUCCUUACCAAGGGCGAUUAAAGAAGACAGAACGUAGGAGAAGAGAAAAUGGACACAAAUGCCUUUUCUUCAACCAGCCAUCUCUUACAAAAUACUUCAAGAAACCAUGGUUACCGUCUGUGAACAUUUUGAGAUGUUUUAAUUUCUCGUUUGCUUUGUUAUUCUGAUUUCCAUACUGAUGGUUAACAUCUAUUCCUGUGGUAUUUGUUUUAGUCCUUUUUUUAUAUAUCUACAUGUAGAAUGAAUGUUUUCAAUCUUUAAAACAGAAGCUAUAAAACAGGUUGAUGCUCUUUUUAUGUAGUUCACACCUUUGUUUUGAUCCUGUUGAGUGACUACUGUAAUGCAGCCAAUUGUUAAGCAUUUCAUAAUAACACACUAAAAAAAAUGCAGUGUUGUCCUUAAUCUUCUUCAAUCCUGGUUAACAAACCAAGUUCGGUUUUUAACAGCAGUAAGAUGCUGCAUCCAUAAACCAGGGCUAUUUACUGGGUUUUAUCAGUACCAAAAUCUCCUUAAAGUUCUCUUCUAAGUUAUGGAUGUUAUGUGAGUAUUUUUGAAAGAAAGGAAAAAAAAGACUUGUUUUGUGUAAGUGUGUGCUCAUCAUUUAGUGCUUCAUUUUUAACAUGCCAUUGAAAAUGUUUUUUUUAAUCACUGCAUGCUUUCAGUCUUCAUAGUUCAAAACGAAGAAACUGUAUUUUUGACAGAUCUUUACUUCAAACAAUAAAACCAGUUCAUCAACACUUUA